GAAAUGGGGGGUGGGAUUUGCCUUUACGAGGAUGAAAUGGAGAUGGUUCCAGACGGAGAUGAUGGUUCCCUCGGCAGCCUGGGCCCUGGUCACCCGGUGCCGGCUCCCACUCAGGCAGGUUUUGUUCCAGAAAAUAAGGCUGGUACAAAAGGCCGGUUUUUGGUCAGGUGGAAGUCCUGGACAGAGGAGGGUAUGAUCUGAUGUUCCAACCAUCUAGGAAGGAAAUAUGAGACCAAAAUGCUUGCAUUCCGAGGUGAAAGGAAAUCUAGUAAGGGCUUAAGCUCUGGGAAUGCCUGUUAUUUUUUUUUCUGCUCAUUAUGGUCUCUUAUUCCGUACCGUAAUAUGUCUGAAAGAGAAGGCCUUGGGUUGUUCCUUCCACCUCUUGUGCAAACUGUGGUAUUUACUAUGUUCUGAGUACUUCUUAGAAGUAUUUUGGGGAAUAUGAUAUGAAAACCCCACCGCACCUAAAGGCUAUACUGCUUUAUUUCCAUUUGGAAGCGAAGCAGAAUGAGGAAAAAAAGCUUUCCAAGAAGUGAUAAAAGGCCAUGGCUUGGGUUCUUGGUCUUGCACGUGAGUAGGUCUGAAGGCCUAAAAUACUGCUGUGUUGCUAAACAGAUGCAGAAUGUGGGUUUUCAUACUGGUUUCUGGUCACCUGUAGUUUAAGCUAAUCUCAUUCUUCUAGCUGCUGAGAGUCUCUUUGACAGCUAAUGAGAAUAUUCUGGUUUUUCUUCCAGGUUUUCCUUUCAGUGCCGUUCUCCUCUCCGUGGCAAGGGCCGCCUUUUGAAGCAGCACAUUCAUUCUCCCCUUCAAGCACCAUAAGUCUCAUUUGCCAGCUUCAGAACCAUGGCAACAGAAGAAAAGAAGCCAGAUGCAGAAUCCACCAAAACACAAUCUACUCCUUCCUCCUCGACCAAUCAGAGCAAGCCUGCGCCAGUAAAACCAAACUAUGCUCUGAAGUUCACGUUAGCGGGACAUACAAAGGCAGUCUCAUCAGUAAAGUUUAGUCCUAAUGGCGAGUGGCUAGCCAGCUCCUCUGCUGACAAACUCAUUAAGAUUUGGGGAGCAUAUGAUGGCAAGUUUGAGAAAACAAUAUCUGGUCAUAAACUGGGUAUCUCUGAUGUUGCUUGGUCAUCAGAUUCCAACCUUCUUGUCUCUGCCUCUGAUGAUAAAACUCUCAAAAUAUGGGAUGUGAGCUCGGGUAAGUGCUUGAAGACAUUGAAAGGGCACAGUAACUACGUUUUCUGCUGCAACUUUAACCCUCAGUCAAACCUCAUCGUGUCUGGAUCAUUUGACGAAAGCGUGAGGAUAUGGGAUGUGAAGACAGGGAAGUGCCUCAAGACGUUGCCUGCUCAUUCUGACCCGGUUUCAGCUGUGCAUUUUAAUCGUGAUGGAUCCCUGAUAGUGUCAAGUAGCUAUGAUGGACUCUGUCGAAUCUGGGAUACAGCAUCAGGGCAGUGCUUGAAAACUCUCAUAGAUGAUGAUAAUCCUCCUGUGUCUUUUGUGAAAUUCUCUCCAAAUGGCAAAUACAUACUAGCUGCAACUUUGGACAACACUCUUAAACUUUGGGACUACAGCAAAGGAAAGUGCCUGAAGACGUACACAGGACACAAAAAUGAGAAGUACUGCAUAUUUGCAAAUUUCUCUGUUACCGGUGGAAAGUGGAUUGUGUCUGGUUCAGAAGACAACCUGGUUUAUAUUUGGAACCUUCAGACAAAAGAGAUUGUACAGAAAUUACAAGGGCACACAGAUGUUGUAAUCUCAACAGCUUGUCACCCAACAGAAAACAUCAUUGCAUCAGCGGCACUAGAAAACGACAAAACAAUUAAACUGUGGAAGAGUGACUGUUAAACGUUCCAGUAUCACUUUAGAGACUGUCAGGAAAAAGAUGUUUUUAAAAAAAAAAUAUUAAAAAAACCACAUGAGAAUAAUAAAUCCAGUUUGGCAGGAAACCUGAAGAAUUGAUAAAGUGGUUUCUGUUAGUCUUGGCCCAAAGAAAACGUCUUAGCUCUUUGCUAGAACCGGGCAACGUGGUGGAAACAAACAAACAAACAAAAAGAUGCAGUGUCUCCUUUUCUUGCCUAAUGUUUUGGCAGCAAAUGGAUCGUUCUGACAUCGCGUUACAAGUGUCAGCCUUGUGUUGGACACCCCAAAGAUACUGUACUUUAUGGUGGCAUCACUUCUGGGCACUGUCGCUGCUUAAGGAGGAGCUGCCAGUCUACUUUGUAACAGUAAGUUAAGUCACGAGCCCAGACAUGUGUGGGAUUUUUUUUUUCUAAAAUGUCUAAUUUUUUUUAUUUUUUAUUUUUAUUUUUUUUUUUCCAGAAUGUAGGUUCUAGUCUUGGGAAGUUUCUGUAUUGUUUUAACUAGGAGUACUGCAUCUUUAAGGGUGCUUCAUUUUAAACACUCAGCUCAAACUUUGUGACCAAAUAAAACCAUACAGAUUUCCAGAUUUCCCUCUUCCUGCCCCUGACUUGACUCCUGUGGUGAAAUCUCCUCUUAACUUCUGUAUAGUCGCUUACCUCUUGUUACGUGUGUUUAAUAGAUGCUGUUCUAGAGCAAAGUUACAGUUCUUCUGUUAAUCAUUAAAAUGAAUCCUGCUUGUAGUUGUUCUCGGCAUACUUUAAUUUUUAUUUUUUUUUUUCCUCUUCUGGUUAAAAAAGCGAGCUCACUCACAGAACACUGUAAAGUUAUUUCAAUGUAAAAAAAUGGAAAAAAAAAAAAGACCCAGACUUUUUGUAUCUUGAAAAAUCCAUCGUAUGAAACUGUAUUGAUAAUGGCAUGACUCUGUAUCUGUUUCAGCGUUGGUAUUUCUUUCCCUUUUUGUCAUACCCAUGUGGUAUUUACACAUCCAAAAAAAAACUACAAAAAAACCCAUAUGCCGUAAUAAAAAAGGUGGGAUUUUAUGUGUA